UUUAUUUUUGAGGAAUUUUUAUUUACUUUUUUUUUUGCGUGCUUGGUUUUUAAUCAUUGAUAUUGGAAUACAGAAGAGGAGCCAGAAGUCUAUUGAUUUGGUUUCACUUCAGACCAGCCAUUCCUGAGGCAUUCUUCUCAGAGAACACAGUCAUGUGGCCACCGCAGCUGCUCAUCCUCAUGUUGCUUUUAGCAUCUGUAGUUCAUGGUGGCAAGCACAAUGAGAGACGUCCAGCCCUUGCUGCUCCACUGCGACAUGCUGAGCGCAGCAGCCCAGGAGGCGCUCUCCCUCCCAGACAUCUUCUUCAGCAGCCAGCUGCAGAGCGCUCAACUGCUCAUCGAGGACAAGGGCCACGUGGAGCUGCCAGAGGAGUCCGUGGACCAGGUGCCCCAGGAGCACAGAUUGCAGCCCAAGCUUUCAGCCGCGCCCCAAUUCCCAUGGCAGUGGUCCGCAGGGAGCUCUCCUGUGAGAGCUACCCCAUUGAGCUCCGCUGUCCGGGCACAGACGUCAUCAUGAUCGAGAGUGCCAACUACGGGAGGACCGAUGACAAGAUCUGUGACUCGGACCCUGCACAGAUGGAGAAUAUUCGGUGUUAUCUGCCAGAUGCCUAUAAGAUUAUGUCUCAAAGAUGCAAUAACAGAACCCAGUGUGCAGUGGUGGCAGGUCCUGAUGUAUUUCCAGACCCAUGUCCGGGAACAUAUAAAUACCUUGAAGUGCAGUAUGAAUGUGUCCCUUAUAAAGUGGAACAAAAAGUUUUUCUUUGUCCUGGACUGCUAAAAGGAGUGUACCAGAGUGAACACUUGUUUGAAUCUGACCACCAAUCUGGGGCAUGGUGCAAAGACCCUCUCCAGGCUUCUGACAAGAUUUACUACAUGCCCUGGACGCCCUACAGAACUGAUACCCUGACAGAGUAUUCAUCCAAAGAUGACUUCAUUGCUGGAAGGCCAACAACCACUUACAAGCUCCCUCACAGAGUGGAUGGCACUGGCUUUGUAGUGUAUGAUGGUGCCCUCUUCUUCAACAAGGAGCGUACAAGGAACAUAGUAAAGUUUGAUUUGAGGACUAGGAUAAAGAGUGGAGAGGCAAUCAUAGCCAAUGCUAAUUACCAUGACACUUCCCCAUACCGAUGGGGUGGCAAGUCUGACAUAGACUUGGCCGUGGAUGAAAAUGGAUUAUGGGUAAUCUAUGCAACAGAACAGAACAAUGGCAAAAUUGUCAUUAGCCAGUUGAACCCUUACACCCUACGGAUUGAGGGGACAUGGGACACUGCCUAUGAUAAAAGGUCAGCUUCCAAUGCAUUUAUGAUUUGUGGGAUUCUGUAUGUGGUCAAAUCUGUAUAUGAGGAUGAUGACAAUGAGGCCACUGGUAAUAAGAUUGACUACAUUUACAACACCGACCAAAGCAAAGAUAGCCUGGUGGAUGUACCCUUCCCCAACUCCUACCAGUACAUAGCAGCUGUGGAUUACAACCCCAGGGACAAUCUGCUCUAUGUAUGGAAUAACUACCAUGUUGUGAAAUACUCUUUGGACUUCGGGCCUCUGGAUAGUAGAUCAGGGCCAGUGCAUCACGGACAAGUGUCCUACAUCUCUCCACCAAUUCACCUUGACUCUGAGCUAGAAAGACCCCCUGUCAGAGGGAUUUCUACCACAGGACCCCUGGGUAUGGGAAGCACGACCACCAGCACCACCCUCCGAACCACAACCUGGAACAUAGGGAGGAGUACCACCACCCCAUCCUUGCCUGGCAGAAGAAACCGCAGUACCAGCACGCCAUCCCCAGCGGUGGAGGUGCUGGAUGACGUCACCACACACCUGCCAUCUGCAGCCUCCCAAAUCCCAGCUAUGGAAGAGAGCUGCGAGGCUGUGGAAGCCCGAGAAAUCAUGUGGUUUAAGACCCGACAGGGGCAAGUAGCAAAGCAGCCAUGCCCAGCAGGAACCAUAGGUGUAUCAACUUACUUAUGUCUUGCUCCUGAUGGAGUAUGGGAUCCCCAAGGACCAGACCUCAGCAACUGCUCUUCUCCUUGGGUCAAUCACAUAACACAGAAGCUGAAAUCUGGAGAAACAGCUGCCAAUAUUGCCAGAGAGCUAGCAGAACAGACCAGAAAUCAUUUGAACGCUGGGGACAUCACCUACUCAGUUCGUGCCAUGGACCAGCUGGUUGGCCUCCUGGAUGUCCAGCUCCGGAAUUUGACACCAGGGGGAAAAGACAGCGCUGCCCGCAGCUUGAACAAGCUUCAGAAAAGAGAGCGCUCUUGCAGAGCCUAUGUCCAGGCGAUGGUGGAGACAGUUAACAACCUCCUUCAGCCACAAGCUUUGAAUGCCUGGAGAGACCUGACUACAAGUGAUCAACUGCGUGCAGCCACCAUGUUGCUUGACACCGUGGAGGAGAGUGCUUUCGUGUUAGCCGAUAACCUUUUGAAGACGGACAUUGUCAGGGAGAAUACAGACAAUAUUCAGUUAGAAGUUGCGAGGCUGAGCACGGAAGGAAACUUAGAAGAUCUAAAAUUUCCAGAGAACACGGGCCACGGUAGUACUAUUCAGCUUUCAGCAAACACAUUAAAGCAGAACGGCCGGAAUGGAGAGAUUAGAGUGGCCUUUGUCCUGUAUAACAACCUGGGUCCUUACUUGUCUACGGAAAAUGCCAGUAUGAAGUUGGGCACAGAAGCUAUGUCCACAAAUCACUCAGUUAUCGUCAAUUCUCCUGUUAUUACAGCAGCAAUAAAUAAGGAAUUCAGUAAUAAAGUGUAUCUGGCUGAUCCUGUGGUAUUUACUGUUAAACAUAUCAAGCAGUCAGAGGAAAAUUUCAACCCUAACUGUUCAUUUUGGAGCUAUUCCAAGCGCACAAUGACAGGUUAUUGGUCAACACAAGGCUGUCGACUCCUGACAACCAACAAGACACAUACUACCUGCUCCUGUAACCACCUCACCAACUUUGCAGUAUUGAUGGCACAUGUAGAAGUUAAGCAUAGCGAUGCAGUCCACGAUCUUCUUCUGGAUGUGAUCACCUGGGUUGGAAUCUUGUUGUCUCUCGUUUGUCUCCUGAUUUGCAUCUUCACAUUUUGCUUCUUCCGUGGGCUCCAGAGUGACCGUAACACAAUUCACAAGAACCUGUGCAUCAGCCUGUUUGUGGCAGAGCUGCUCUUCCUGAUUGGAAUCAACAGAACUGACCAACCAAUUGCCUGUGCAGUGUUCGCGGCUCUUUUGCAUUUCUUCUUCUUGGCCGCUUUCACCUGGAUGUUUCUAGAAGGGGUGCAGCUGUAUAUCAUGCUGGUGGAGGUCUUUGAGAGCGAGCAUUCCCGUAGGAAGUACUUUUAUCUGGUCGGCUAUGGGAUGCCCGCGCUCAUCGUGGCCGUCUCUGCUGCAGUCGACUACAGGAGCUACGGAACAGACAAAGUAUGUUGGCUUCGCCUUGACACCUACUUCAUUUGGAGUUUUAUAGGACCAGCGACCUUGAUAAUUAUGCUGAAUGUAAUCUUCCUUGGGAUUGCUUUAUACAAAAUGUUUCACCACACUGCCAUACUGAAACCUGAAUCAGGCUGUCUUGACAAUAUCAACUAUGAGGAUAACAGACCCUUCAUCAAGUCAUGGGUAAUAGGUGCAAUAGCGCUGCUCUGCCUGUUAGGAUUGACCUGGGCCUUUGGACUCAUGUACAUUAAUGAAAGCACAGUCAUCAUGGCGUAUCUCUUCACCAUUUUCAAUUCUCUACAGGGAAUGUUUAUAUUCAUUUUCCACUGUGUCCUACAGAAGAAGGUACGGAAAGAGUAUGGGAAAUGCCUACGCACGCAUUGCUGUAGUGGGAAAAGCACGGAGAGUUCGAUUGGCUCAGGGAAAACAUCUGGUUCUCGAACUCCAGGACGGUACUCCACAGGCUCACAGAGCCGGAUUCGGAGAAUGUGGAAUGACACUGUUCGAAAGCAGUCAGAGUCGUCCUUCAUCACCGGAGAUAUAAACAGCUCAGCAUCACUCAACAGAGGAUCAUAUCUUCCCUGCAUUCAGGCGUGUGUAACAUAUUUAGGAGCCAUGGCUAAUCAUCUUAUAAGCAGUGCUCUGCUUCGUCCGCAUGGUACUAACAAUCCCUAUAAUACAUUGCUUGGGGAACCGGCGGUCUGUAACAACCCUUCUAUCAGCAUGUACAACGCACAAGAGCCCUACAGAGAGACAAAGGGGCUUCUGAACAAUGCCAGGGAUACAAGUGUCAUGGAUACUCUACCACUGAAUGGUAACCAUGGCAACAGUUACAGCAUUGCUGGCGGCGAAUACCUGAGCAACUGUGUGCAAAUUAUAGACCGUGGCUAUAACCACAACGAGACCGCCCUAGAGAAAAAGAUCCUAAAGGAACUCACUUCCAACUAUAUCCCUUCAUACCUGAACAACCACGAGCGCUCCAGCGAACAGAACCGGAAUAUGAUGAACAAACUGGUGAACAACUUAGGCAGUGGGAGUGAAGAUGACGCCAUAGUCCUGGAUGACGCCGCAUCCUUUAACCAUGAGGAGAGUCUAGGCCUGGAACUCAUUCACGAGGAAUCGGACGCUCCCUUGCUGCCCCCGAGGGUUUACUCCACGGAUAACCACCAGCCACACCAUUACAGCAGGAGGCGGCUCCCCCAGGACCACAGCGAGAGCUUCUUCCCUCUGCUAACCGACGAGCACACAGAAGACCUGCAGUCACCGCACAGGGACUCUCUGUACACCAGCAUGCCGGCCUUGGCCGGCGUGCCUGCUGCAGACAGUGUGACCACCAGCACCCAGACCGAAGCCGCAGCGGCCAAGGGUGGUGACGCCGAAGAUGUUUACUACAAAAGCAUGCCAAACCUGGGCUCCAGAAACCACGUGCACCCGCUACACGCCUACUACCAACUGGGGCGUGGCAGCAGCGACGGAUUCAUAGUUCCUCCCAAUAAAGAUGGGGCCUCUCCGGAGGGGACUUCCAAAGGACCCGCGCACUUGGUCACUAGUCUAUAGAAGAUGACACGGGGAUGGCAACCAACAGGACUGUUAACACCUGGUGGACCAUUCUGAGUCGAGAUAAGUUGUGGUCAUCAUGUGUACUCCGACAUCUGAUGCUGUUCUCAAAAGAGAGACUUUCUGACAUUUUUUUUUUCUUUUUAACUUGAAUUUUUAGGUCAGCCCAGGGGAAAAGCUAACUGCUAAGCUCCUCCUGUGCCCAAUUCUUUCCUGUCCUUUCCCCUCAGAUGGAGACUUCAUUAUGUUAAUGAACGAGAUAAGAAGAAAAUGGCGCUCAUUGUGGCCUCGUUGAGUUAUGUUGUGUUUAACAUCUCUGAUGCUCUGUUACUAGAAUUACAAGGACCUGGUUUUUUGUUUUUUGUUUUUUUGUUUUUUUGUUUUUGUUUUUUAAAAGGCCAGAACUAUUGUUUGAAAUUAGUAACAAUGCUGCAUCUAGAUGGGAGUGCUGCCCAGCCUUAGAAGCAGAGCAGAACUGUAUCACAGCGAUUCACAGUCACUCGCAUCCAGAGUUCACCACAGUGGGAAGAGCUGUGAAAAACACAAGCAAAACAACAAAAUUAAUAAUCUGACGGAGGGGAAUUCUAGAAUUAUAUGCUAAAUGCAUAUUUUAUGAUUUGCUGUAUUAACUGAUCAUAAAACUAAUGGCAGAAAAAAAAUCGAACAAUUUCUAUGUAAUGUACAGAUACUAGCAUUGCGCAUAUAGUCUGCUUUCUGUUCCUCCAGAAUUUGAGUCCUGUUAAUGUAGUGGCAAAGAAGAAAUUUUCUUUUUCUUUUGUGCUAGUCUUGCAAGUUUGUCUACCAGUAAAAGAGCAAAGUUUCCUUCCUUUCUUGUUUUCUUUCUUUUUAUUUUUUUAUUUUUUGUCCCCUCUUCCCCACUUUUUUUUCUUUAAAAAUUCACCUGGCAAAAAAAAAAUAAAUAAAUAAAUGAAGCUAUCACUUUAUAAGAAUCAUUUUCUAGUAAUGCAAACAAAUUAUUUUUUAACAAAAAAUAAAAUAAAAUAAAUAAAAUUAGACUUCCUUCCCUCGCUAUAUAUCUUUAUCCAGCCCGAGUAUUUCCAACAUCAUUUUGCAAAUUAGAGCAGGACAAAUUUUAUGUUUCCGGGGCACAUCUGUUGUAAUGCAAAGCAUAUUUGGCAAGCAGUUCAUCACCAAGGCAGUAGCUAUGAUUCUAGAAGCUAAGAGGUGUCUAUAGAGCUAGAGGGGCUUCUGCAUGUGAAAUGCUGUAUUCCAUAGGCGUUAAAGUGCUGAAUGCGCAGUCUGACCCCCACGUGGGCACCUGCACUACCAAUUGUUAGAGGAAAUUCACUCCCUUGUAGUGAGAGUUGAAAGGUCAAAUUAUUUUGAAGUAAUUUUUUUUAAAGUUUUCUGUUAACAGGAAAAUUUAUUUAUUUGACAGGAUUUUAAGUAAUGUAGAAAUACAAAUGGUAAAUUAGCAGCACAUAUAAUUUUUUUUAAAUUUAUGAUCCAUUUUGUAUGGUCUCAAGUUGGAUGACCUCAUUACUAAUAUUUGUUGUAAAAGUGAAACUUGUUUGCCGACCAAUAAACAACUGAUUGAGAUUUAGAAGAGAUUGCUUUGACGUAUGUACUAUAUUAUCAAGUACUCUUUUGACUUUUCUUGCCUUGCCUUUUCUCUGUUUUUCAGAAUCUAAACUCUCCUUAACCUUUGUGACCCAAGUGAGCAACACACACACACACACACACACACACACACAAAAUAUUUGAAUAUCCAAAUACAACACAGUACAGGUUUUUGCAGACAAAGCCAACCAGGAAAAUGGGAUGGGCUGAAGCCAGGUGCAAAGCUCCCACUGAAGUAGGAUAAAGAAGAUCACUGUGUGCUUAUUUAUAAACCACCUCUCAUCACUAGGCUUAUGACUAAAGUGUCAUGCAGUGGUUUAAAUAUCACAUGUGAUGUGAUCAUCUCCCCAGCCCCUUUUUGUAAGCUCCAUUUUGGUGGAGAAAUUUGGAAAUUUAAAUUUCCUCAGUUGGCUAAGAAAUGCAAUAGUAAUAGCAAAUUAUUCAUUGUACAAGAAUAAUAAAAGACUUUUAACAUCAGCACAGCCUUAGGUUUCUUUACAGCAACCUCAAACAAAAUUUGUUGUAUUGGUCUCCUCCUUCAUCCCUCUGACUCCCCUUUUGUGGCCUCCGAUACCUCACCCCACCCCCACUGUACCCUUCCCACCUUCAUGCCACAUAUGUAAGACUGUUUUACAUUAUUUUCGCCUUCUUCAAUGUAUGGGGCUGGGGAAGGACAAAAAUAAUUCAUUCAAAAAGACUUUCUAGAUCUUGCUGUUCCUAUACUACCAAGGAGCCCCAUGUAGAAUAAAACUCAAAUGAACUUGC